AUGACAUUAAAUUACAUAACAGAUUGUUUCUAUGAAAAACGUCUUAAUACAGCUUUACAAGGUUAUAAUGAUUUAAGUGAUCGUUGGAUAUCAGAUUAUGAUUGUUUUGAUCGUUGUUUAAGAACUGAUCAUCAAAAAUGUCGAUCAUUUGAAUAUUGGCAUAAAGAUCAAUCUGGUUUAUGUAUACGUGCAAAUAUUUCAUUAGCUGAUCAUUCAUCUAUAACAGGACAUAGUGCAUUUGUUGAUUAUUAUGAAAUUAAUUGUCGAAAAGAUAUGAAAGCUAUAAGACCAAGUGAAAUUUAUUGUCCAGGUGAUCAAUUGUUUUUAACAGUAAGAUUAAAUGGUUUUAAUUCCAAUAAUAUUUUACUUGGUGAUAAAAAUUGUAAACCAACUUGUAAUAUCUAUCAAAUACGUUCAAUACAACAAACAUCAACUAUACCAACACUUCCAAAUAUUAGACAUACAUUACCAAUGCUUCCUAGUCAUGGUCAAAUGUAUCAUGAUGAUCAAAAGAAUACUUCACCUUAUAGAAUUAAUAUUAAAUGGACAUUAUCUACUCAUUCAUAUUAUUGUCCUGAAAGUUGUUUAGUAUCACUUUAUUCUCUUAUUAAUGUAACACUUGUUGAUUUAUCAUUAUUAACAACAAGAUAUUCGAUUGAUUCAUGUGAUUUACGAGCAAUAUCUCCCUAUACAAAUUAUGUUCAAUCGAAACAAUUGAUUUCUCAAGGUUGUUCAAUUGAUCCAUCUGUGAUUUAUGCUCCUAUUCAAACUUCUCAGUUAUCGAUAUUUUAUUUUUCAUUUCAUCUUUAUCAUAUCCUUAAAGAACCAAUUCCAUUUCAAAUUCAUUGUAAAGUUUUCAUUAAUCAUGAAAAAUUAAAAUCACAUCAUCAUAUUGAUUGUGCGUCAUUGCUAUCUAAUGAUAAUAAUCGUUCAUCAAUAAUUAAAAAUGAUAAAAAAGAUUAUGCGUAUACAUUAUUUCGUUCAGCAUCUGUAUUUGUAACAAGACAUUUAGAAUUAAUACAAAAUGAACAACCAGUUAUUCAACAUCAACAAAGUAAUUAUUAUUAUUAG